GGCCUCUGCUAUAUUUCAAUCUGUCAAAGUUGCUUUUCUUCCUACAGAACAAUGCCUGAUUGUUGUGUGUGUGAGAGUGUGUGUGUGUGCGCGCGCGCACGCAUACACACACACACAUGCUUGUAUGUUUCCGUGUGCACUUGGAGGGGGGGGUGAGGAAUAUCAAUUCUUUGUGUAAAAAUGCCGUGACUAUUAGUGCUUACUUAGUUAAUACUCAGUUUGAUUGGGGCUCCGUUAUUACAAAGUUAUUUUUUAAUCAGCCCCAAAUGUAUUUUGCACAGUGAUACUGGUGGUGGCGGCGGUGUGUGUAUGUGUCUGUGUUUGUGUUUGUGUGUAUGGUGUGACUUUUAUUAUUUAGAGGAGAGAGCCUGGGAGACAUGUUACGAGUUGACUUCUACCAUUCCGUGAUGUCCAGGAGAGAGAAUUAAGAGGAAGAGACAGGCACCGGGAGGUUGUCUAAUGCUAGCAGCCAGAGUGUGCGGCUGUGCGGAGGGGGAGCAGCCAGACUGCUGCUGUUCAGUUGGAGCCGAUCAUAGGUGGCCGCCGUGACAAAGGGAAGCUGUGCUUUUCCAGCAUGCUUACUGACCCUGAUUUACCUCAGGAGUUUGAAAGGAUGUCUUCCAAGCGACCAGCCUCUCCGUAUGGGGAGACAGAUGGAGAGGUAGCCAUGGUGACAAGCAGACAGAAAUUGGAAGAGGAGGAGAGCCAGAGGCUCCCAGCCUUUCACCUUCCCGUACAUGUGAGUUUCCCCAACAAGCCUCACUCUGAGGAAUUUCAGCCAGUUUCUCGGCUGACGCAAGAGACUUGUGGUCCUAGGGACCCCCCUGCUCAGCACCACACAAGGGAAGUCGAUGGCAAUAAAGUUAUGUCUUCAUUAGCCCCUUACAACUCAUCUACCUCACCUCAGAAGGCAGAAGAAGGUGGGCGACAGAGUGGCGAGUCCGUGUCUGGCACAGCCCUGGGGACUCCGGAGCGGCGCAAGGGCAGCUUGGCAGACGUGGUGGACACCUUAAAGCAGAGGAAGAUGGAAGAGCUGAUCAAGAAUGAGCCAGAAGAUACCCCCAGUAUUGAAAAGCUGCUCUCGAAGGACUGGAAAGACAAGCUCCUGGCAAUGGGAUCAGGGAACUUCGGAGAAAUAAAAGGGACUCCCGAGAGCCUUGCUGAGAAGGAACGGCAGCUCAUGGGGAUGAUCAACCAGCUGACCAGUCUGCGAGAGCAACUCCUGGCUGCCCACGAUGAGCAGAAGAAGCUGGCUGCCUCGCAGAUAGAGAAACAGCGUCAGCAGAUGGAGCUGGCCAAGCAGCAGCAGGAGCAGAUCGCAAGGCAACAACAGCAGCUUCUGCAGCAACAACACAAAAUCAACUUGCUUCAGCAACAGAUCCAGGAAAAGAUUGAUGUACGGCCCUCCAUCAUUCUCUUCAGCCCCGCAUGCUGCCGUGCGAUGCUCACAUCUCUAAAACCACGGCCGUGUUUGUACCUCAUUCUUCUUGGUAGUUUUCCACCACAGUGCUGUCUUCUAGUGGUACAGCUUAGACUCCCAAACCAUUCCAUAAUAUUAAAUAACCUCUCUUUCCUGCCAACCACCCACACAUUAAUUAGAACAAACACAGAUUUUAAUGAUCCCACUUGUCAAUGGCAAAGCACACUAAAAAAUAAAAAAUAAAAACCAAGGAUCGUAUUUCAGAAAUAAAGUUGUGUUUCUAAAGGAAAUGUAGACUCACUUGCCGAGACAGCUGGUCAUUGUCUAAAGUACAUGGCAUAGAUCUUGAAUUUCAGGCGUGUCUACUCCUUCGCAAAGUGAAAACGUUCCUGAGCUCCGUUUAUAAAAUCAGCAAUUUUCCCCUCUGUCUAAAAACCAGAAUUUUACAUUAUACUAAGACUUUGAAACGUUCCCUUCUUGCUACUUGUCUUAGUGUGUUGAUAAUUUUUGUAUGUGCUGUGAGUGUCUUGAAAGGUUUUUGUGUUUUGUCGUUUGUAUAGUCCUAAGUGUGUAAAGGCUACUGGUUCUUGCAAUUUCCCCAAUUUUUGGAUCAUAAGUUGUGAGGCUGCUUUUAUUGGAUGGACAUAACAUACUAAGCAUUAGUCUAUUUUGAAUCAAAGCUUCUCGGGUUGUCCCUGAAAGGUCACUGUGCACACUUAUUCCUUUGCUUCCGAGUCCAUCUUGUGUGAUAAGGUUUUUGUGUUGUUAUUGUUCUUGUUUUGUUUGCUUUGUUUUUGUUUGUUUCUUAUCUUUUCUUUUUGGCACUCUGUUCCAGUCCUUUCCAACAUUUUGGCCCUUAUGAUAUAACUUUUGGAAAUAAAAUAUAUCUGGUCAGUUUUUGUUUUGUUUUAUUAAAACCUUAUUUAUUUUAAUUCAUUUUAUGUCUUUUACAUCCUGUAUCUUUAGCCCAUUCAUUUCCCCUUCCUUUU